UGGAAGAGUCCUCCAAGCCGAUGAAGGAUCAAGACAGUUUAUGGACGGACUUCGCCAAAUUUGACAGCACACUGCAUCAGAUUGGUGGAACUGUCAUGGGAAGAGUCACGAGGAGCUGCAGAAGAUUGCAACACGAGUGACAGCAAUGUGGAGCACGGUCACCCCUUGCGAGCGGAACUGGUCCACCCUCGAUCUUGUGCACGAGAAGAGGAGGAACCAGUUGUGCCCUGAAACUAUCAACAAGCUUGUUUAUAUACAUUGGAACAUGCAGCUCACGAAUGUGAAGAAGAAGAAGAACAAAGGGGGCUUCAUUGACUUGUGGGCGAGCUUCUUCGACGACGGACAAGCGCCGCCACUUGAGGACCUUGCCAUUCUUCCUCCCGGAGCACCGAUUGCAGAAGGUGAGCUGGUUGCGUGUGAUCGUUUGAGCAAGACACCAAUUGAUGGGGUUCCAAAGGUAGGGAGGUUGGAUGAGUCUAGCUGCUCUGAUGAUAGUGACGACGGCGAGGACUUGGUUUGGAGGGGGAAGGGUGUGAAGAAGAGGGAUGAGGUGGUGAAGAACGGGAAAGCACCCACGGUAGGUGAGGAAGAAGGUCAUGAUCGUAACGGGGAGGAAGAGAACAUGGAGCAAGAGGAAGCGGGGGAAGAGGAAGAGGAAAAGAUUGAUUUCGGCCUGCGCUCAUACAACGAUAGCGACAAGUCUAAGGACAACAACGAGAUUGACAACAAUCUCCCGAACUUGCAUGAGUUUGGUUACUUCGACAGCAGCCUGCGUGUUGGACUGGAUGAUGAUGAGGCUGAGAGAAGAGCGGCACAGGCCCUAGCGCAAACAGACCGUGCCAUUGUGAUGCAGCGCAUGGAGCAGGAGGCUGCCAGACGAGCAGCCUUGCCACGUAACAUCGGGCAAAGGGGAGAAUAGGGUUGUGAAAAGAAACAAGAUCAACUCGGGGGAGAGUCAGCCACAG